GUGCAAUUAUGGGACUUUUAAUUUGAAAUUUCUCUAAAACGGUACUCAUUUAAAAUGUCUCAUUUACAGAGUGGUAGUAAUCAAAGAUGUCCUGAACAAAUCCUAGUCAGAACUUUACAGUAAAAAUGUCUUGAGAUCCAACUUUUCUAUUAAACUGCAAGAAGUGCAGCGUUAACAACAGCAGGUGGCGGUAAUGCAAUUAAACAGAUAUGAACGUCCGGUUUGAAAAUCCAAAGAAGAAGAACCACGCAGGAAGCGCUUUGCCUCUGCUGCGCAUGCGUGAUAGGACGUCUGUGUUUUGUGAGCAGUCGAAAUUAUGGCCGUAGUGAUGCAGACGGAGGACUUUCCUUACCUACCCACUGGUCCGGCGGAAGUAAAUAAGAUGAUAAAGGAGCACGGCGACCUGUUUUCUGACUCCCAGUGUAAAGUCUGCAAUGCUGUCCUCAUUUCUGAGUCUCAGAAGUUAACGCAUUAUCAGAGCAAGAAACAUGCUAACAAAAUGCGGCGAUACAUCUCCAUGCAAAAUGAGGAGCCGGCUGUAAAAAAGUUAAAGCCAUCACCUGCGAGUGAUUGUAAUAAUGGAGACAGUGAUCGGACUAAGGUGUGUCCUCUGUGUAACAUGACGUUCUCCUCUCCCGUGAUCGCCGAGUCUCACUACCAAGGCAAAGUACACGCCAAGAAACUGAAGCUGAUGAUGGUCGGCCUCCAGGACCCAGCAGCCUCUCAAAAAGCAGCAGCAGCGGCAGCAGCAGCAGCAGCAGCAGCAGCAGCGGUGGCCGCAGCUCAGCCAAAGAAGAAACCCGCGGAUGACGUCAGCGAUGUGGCGGGCGGCUGUAACAAAAACAACAACAACAACCCGGACCGUUUCUGCUCCACCUGCCAGGCCUCCUUCAACAACCCACUCAUGGCGCAGCAGCACUACGAGGGCAAGAAGCAUAGAAAACGCAUGACCAAGCUCAAACUGAUGGAGACGUACGGUCCGUCCACAGCGCCAGCUUCCACACAACAAGGCUACCAGUGUACUGUCUGUAAGAUUGAACUUAACUCUGUGGAGCAGUACCAGUCUCACAUCACUGGUGCAAAACAUAAGAACCAAAUGAAGAAAUUAGGCAAAAACUCCGCUGAGAACCAAGAAAGUGCAGAACAAUCGCACGGCGGCGGCGGCAGCGGCGACGACAACAAGUUCCCCAGUGGAGACGAGGAGUACGCCGCAGCAGAAGACCAGUACGCUCCCACAAACGAGCCGUUUGCCCCCGAGGAUUACCAGUAUGGAGCCGGAGAGGAGGCGUACGCAGCCGGAGACAACCAGUACACGCCCGAGGACAAGCAGUACUCAGAGGAGUACCAGUACACUUGAGGCUGGAGUGGGAGGGACAUUUUCUGUCAGGACUUGGAAUAAUAACACACAGCCACCAGCCCCUUUAACUCCAUCAUUAACAAACCAUCGACCUCCAUGAACCAUGAACCUUCCACCUCCCGUCAGUCAGUCAGUCUCUUGUAGGUUUCGUGCAAACCAGGUACAUAAACUAAACCAGAGUUCACAGACCCUGAAGAACGUUGUUGUUUGUUGUUUUUACUUGCAAUGAUGACGCAGCUCCUUCUGCAGCCACAGUGAAGAAUGUGUGCGAUGGUUUAAACGGUCUGCUCCGUUUGACGUUUGCUUUUUAUCGUGCGAAUGUUCCAGAACGACGACGAGCGUCUGAAUCCACUCAUUAAAAGUGAAUUUAACGUUUGUUUUACAGCAUCAGUUCAGACUUCACUGAUAUCAGAAAGUAGUCAGAAAUGAACGUUCAAUCACGAAAACUCAAUUUUCUGCUCAGAAAUGCAAGUAAAUGAAUAUCAUUUGACAUUUAAAAAAAGAAAAGCUUCUUUAAUAGUUUAAAUUUUAGAUUUUUUAUUAUAAUUAUUGAAUUGUUUGUUCUGUAUUUCAUUAGAUCUCUAUAAAGUAAAGUUUGAGUGUUGGCACUAAAACUGUGUCACUCUCACAAACCUCUGAAUCUUUAAUAAUUCAGUCAUUGUGAGUCGUUUCCUCGCUACUGUACGGCGUUAUUAUUAUGAUAUUUAAAUCGAUAUUUUAUGAACCCAAUACUCUGAACAAACUAUUUGAGGAUCAGACUCAUCGAUGCUUGUUUCCAGCUUAAAUAUAAAGUUACAUUUCUGCACACGUUCAUUUACGGGCGAUGAAAUGAAAGGAUGAUUGUACUUGAUGUGAUUCCAUCGUCCUGGAGGUGACGUGACCUCUGACCUGUACAGGAAGUGGAUUUAAAGCUCGACAAGAGACUAAACGAUGCUUGUCUUUGCUCUGUAACUGCUCUCUCUCCCCCUCUCUCCCCCUCUCCAACCCCCCCCCCCCCCCUCAUCACAUUUGUACGAGUGAUGUCAGAUUUAGGAAGUGAUGUCAAUAACAAACGUUUAUAAACCAGUUUAAAAGGAAGAUCGACUUUUUAAUAUUGAAUGUCUUCAACUCUCCUGAUGAUGAAAAACGUUUUGUUUGUUUGGAAAGUUAUUUAUAUAAAGAGGGCUGAUGUGUGUGUGUGUAUAUAUAUAUAUAUAUAUACACACACAUACAUAUAUAUACAUACAUGUAUGUGUAUAUACAUAUACUGUAUAGUUCAUGGUGUAUAAAAGUGUUUUCAUCUUUGUUCUUUGUGUAAGGUGUUGUGAUUCAAAUCUUACUUUUCAAUAUGUUACAGAGAACAGAGAGCGGGGGGGAAAUGCAGUGACGACUUACGUUAAGUGAAAAAUGUUUGUUUGUUUGUUUGUUUGUUUUUUUAAAGGCUGCUCUUUCAGUGUGAGAAUGAAGACUCUUUGUGGCUUUUGUUGUCGUUGUUGCAGAUGAACGGUUUUCAUUUGAUCAACGAGCAUCACAUGACGAGUAAAACUCAUCGUUCCACAGAAAUAAUCCAACAUUUGUAGACGUUGAAGGACUUAAAGGGCCACUUCACCCAAAAAAUAUACAACUAUACAGUGUCUCAGAUCACAGUGGAUCUGAGACACAGGAAGUUGCGAUUGAGAAAAUGUGAAAAUAAAAGCCCUGCACUGUU